GUCUUGAUAUUCUGAGACCACUCACUCUCCUACGCUUGCGUUUAGUCUAUAAGCACAUUUUUAAUCCCCGGAUAAUCAAUAUCGAGUCCCCGGGAGAAGCGUGUGGAUACGCUUCCAAACCUCGUAUCGGUGAGACUUGCCAGCACAGAGGCGAGGCCGUCCUUCAUCAUCUGGCCAAUUCACAUUCACUGAGACGUCGCGUCUGUUUGUCCUGUUUUUGCCACAUCGCACCAAGCAUCGCACCCUCCGACCUUCAAAAAAUCACGGCGACGGAGAUAUGACGGCGUUUGGGAGCUUUCUCAAGGCUAUCCUGGCACCCGCGCUCAUUGCGCUUGUAGCUUAUAUACUCCUCAGCUAUUUUGUAUUACCAUUCAUUCGGCGACACCGUCAGCGUUACAACCAGUACUUGCCUGUCAACGGCGGCCUCUCCACCAUCUCCAACACAGCGCUCACAGUCAGACAACGUGUUGGUGAUGCAUUGAUCACUUUCUUCCUCCCGUCAUACGGGUUGCGUCGAGUGAUAGACGGCUCAAGAGACCCAAGAGGGAGCGAAGAUGUGAUGUUCGAUGACGAAGAAGGCGAGGAUAUGGUUGGGUUUGACAUAGACGAGCGACGGCGAGAGGCCCUUGAGCGAAGAAGAAGUAAUGUUGGGGAAGAAGAUCUAAGACUGAGCCGUGAUCUAGAGGAGGGAUUCAAGGAUGACAGCGACGAUGAAACGACUGGGAGCAGAACAGAGCGAUGACAAACUUGUCCGCCCAAAUUUCGCAUCGUUACUUAUACAUUCACAUGCAGGCUUGGACUUGAACUGUGAACCUUUCGUAUGGUUAUGAACGCCCAGAUGAGUCGCUAAGAAUGCUUCCGUUCUGGCGAUUGACCGACCCGAACAUAUGAUCAACCAACAUUUUUCCGUUCCAACGGACCAAUUGAGAUAUCUACUUUCUCUGUCCAUAUGCCUUCGUAGCAUAGUCACCAGCGUGUACAAUCAGAUCCUCAGGCCUGUAAUCGAGACGGCCCGAGAAAUAAGAAUCGAGGAUAGCUUUGGUGCCGGCAGCGUAACGCU